UGUCACGAUCGGGACUAUCCCCCAUGGACUGGUGAAAUCCACGGAAUGUCACAAGCUUUGCUUAGCAAGUCGCUUCAGUUGCGGGUUUUCUGGUGGAUGGUGUUGUGUACUUGUUGUGGAACAGCUACUACAGUACUUGUUAUUAUUGAAUAUAUUCGAGGACCCACAGCUUCAAGUACAACUAUUAGAUUGGUUCCUAGCUUAGAAUUGCCAGCAAUUACAAUAUGCCCAAAGGUCCCAGAUGCCUUCAACUUUGACGCUCUUUAUCGAGAUAUGAACGAAAAAAUAGGUGGAAUAAAUACGGACGUUGCAAGAGAUCUUGUGAGGUAACGUCAUUUAUUUGGCCAUAACUUGGGUUGUAUUAGACAUAAAAUUAUGAAAUUUUGGGAUUUGAUAGAAAAUGGAUAAAAUUAAUUAAAUACAAAAUUUGAGACAAAAAUGUUGAUUUUAGGCAAUUUUGUGAAUUUUUAAGAUUUGGAGAGAUAGUGAGGUAACGUUGCAAGAGAUCUAGUGAGGUAACGGCUUUUAUUUGGCCAUAACUUAGGGUAUACUAGAUGUAAAAUUCUGAAAUUUUGGAAUUUGAUAGGAA